CGAAAAAACCUGUGAUCACGGCAUUACCUACCUUCAGCGCGUGAGCUCAUGCACAGUAUAGUCGUUUAAUCGACAACGCCAUUGUCAACCAAGUACAUUCACAAUGUGGCUUUGAAACAAACAGCGAUCCAACUUGUUCCAGAUGAGUCGGCGCCAGAGCCUCACGAUGUGCCAAAGAAAGACCAUCCAACUAUCAUGCAUAGAAUGACAAGGCAACCUUCUACUUGACCACCCCAACCAGAACAUCCUGUGCGGUCUCUAAAAGAGCGGUGCUCCCUGAGCUAUCGAGUUUGAGUUCAAUGAAAAGUUUUACACUAAGCGAACGCUCUCGCAAGCGGAAUUUGACCACCGGUUUCAGACGGUGACCAAAGCUGCGUCGAGAAACACUUGGUUGUGGAGAAUGAUGAUGCCUCCUCCUCCACCUAAGCCCCUGCCCGCUCUACUCUCUCGAGGAUCGCCUUGGUUCACGGCAGCCGACGUAGGUGUUGUGGAAGAUUGGAGCCAUUUGAACAAACAAAGGCGGCGCACGAGGAAGGAAAAGGUGGGGUGUGAUCUGACGUGGAUAUGGACGCUGCGGGCUACGAAGAGGGAAGCUGUACGAGAAGCACUGCAUCUCAGUGCUCUAGCUUCAUAG